AUGGCGUCUCAUGAUAUUUUUGCAUGCGCCUAUCACAGCUUCCUCAGCACCCUCAGCGAUACUGACCGGGCACGCUACGAUGACAAAUGUACCCCACAAAGCCUACUGGAUGGCUUACAAAAGAUCACUAGCCUAGCAAAGGGGACACAGAAUAGGCGCUCUCAGAAGCCUUUUGCCAUUGUUCGGGAUUUUAAUGAGAGAAUGCGUCCGUUUUUUGCGAUUGUCGAGGGCCCCGUCACGCAAAGCUCUGUCUAUGCAGGCGCGGCACUAGGCGCUUUGAGACUCGUUCUUGAGUUGGCUAGUUGCUUUCCGACGUUGCUUAUGAAACUUCUAGAGUGCAUCAAAGAUAUCACGGAGUCAUUUCCGAGAUAUGAAGCCCUAGAAGACAUUUGCCGCGGCAAACCGACUCCUAGAUUGUUGCUACAUCUUGGACGGGUAUACCGCGAUCUUUUUGACUUCUUCAAUAGUGCAGCUUCGCUGUUCACAGCUAGCAGUGGCAAGGUCAGACGGCCAAUCGAGUUAAUUGCUAGUGUGAUAUGGAGACCAUUCGACGAGAGGUUUGGUGUUAUCUUGUCCAGCAUGUCUAGGCACCAGCAGCAGCUAAAUGAUGAAGUCAAUAUCUACCAGCUCGAACUAACAAGAGAGGCCGCCACGGCUUCAGAGGAGAUUUACAAAGACACACAAGCCACUCGUGCCUGUGUUUCGGACCUUAAAGAGCACGUGCGACUUCAAACUAGAGAGCAAGCGAUCGCUAGAAUUCAGUCUUGGUUGAAUGCACCAAACUUCGCCAGCACAUACUGGAAUACUCUCGAUGAAUGCCAAGAGGAUACCGCGCAAUGGAUAUUUGAAAUGGACAAGUUCCAAGAAUGGUCUGAGAGUCUCUCGAUAUCGUCGACAGGCAGCUCCGCACCUGAAAGCAGACUUUUGUGGAUUUAUGGCAAUCCUGGAGGCGGCAAAAGUGUUCUCACGGCAUCUAUCGUCCACGAACUCUCCAGCUGUAACCAAAAUCUGGUCUACUUCUUCUUCAAAGAGCAGUCCCCAUUCCACACUGCCUCCGACCUCGCAUUCCGCGCCAUUUUAGCUCAAAUACUACAUAAGCAUAAACACAACGACGACAUGCUUGAUAAGUUUAUAUUCGCUUCAAACCAUGGCGACAAGUCAUCCGGCCAAUCAAUUGCGACACCAGCUGAGCUGAGAGACUUGCUGCACUUAUGCUUGAGCUCUAUCAGAAACCCCAUUAUGAUUCUUGAUGGCAUCGAUGAGUGUACGGAGCCGGACAGUUUCGUUAAGUAUCUCAGCUCGUUGCUCGCUCUACCCAAUCUACGCGCUUUAUUCUCGAGCCGACCUACUGUUCAAUCGCUGACCAAGUUGGUUCCACUACAGCACCGUUUGAGCUUUGGCCAAGUUGGCGUAGAACAUGACCUUAAAACAUAUUGUCACUAUCACCUGACUGAUCUUUUCGACGAUGGUCUUCUUUUGGAAACUUCUGAUAUUCAAUAUCUCACACAAAGGCUGGUGCUGGGAGCGGAUAGGAUGUUUUUGUGGGCGAAGCUCAUGUUCUCGUUCUUGAGGUCUCCUGCCUUGAACAGACGACUAAGAGAGAAUAUGAUACACUCCAUCACGCUUCCUGAAGGUCUCGGGUCUAUGUAUAUGAGAAUCUUCCGACAGAUAUCUCUCCUGGACUCGGCGCAGCAACAAAUGGCCAAAAGGGUAAUUCAAUGGACGCUCCUUUGUCAUCAAGAAUGUUUCCUGUCCUCUCAGGCCUGGCAUCACUUACUGGGUGCUGAAGAGCCAGAUGAUAAAGAAACCGCAUUCGCACAUCUCUCAGAACUCAUCAGUCUCGUAACGUGUGGCUUGGUGAUCUGUCGUGGCUCACAGCUCCGUCUAGGUAUUCUCGAUCCAUCUAGCUCCGGGAGAUCUCACUCAGCGAAUUGCGUCUUUGUCCAUCUUUCCGUCAGGGAAUAUCUUUUGGAAUGGACGCCAGAAGAUCAGACUAUAGCGAAGCUUUCUCCUUCUCCAAUUAUCUCGCAUAUGGAUAUAGCAAAAUUGUGCUUGGAUCACUUGCUUGACUCGGCUCCCACUUCGAUACCUUUGAGUAUGAAUAGGGAGCUGAUCGAUCUAUACUCUUACUGCUCCGUCCGCUGGCUCUAUCAUCUCGGCAAAGCCGUCUCUCCCAGGACAUCGUGGCGUAACAUGUACUAUCAAGAAAUGUGUUCAACCGUCGUCAAAGGGAUUGUUGACCUGCUAAGGCGCCUCCUUGAGAACCCACUGGCAGUUGCUCACUGGAUUGACUGCUUCUAUACAAGCCCGUCUGUAUUUCCAUUUUGGUCCUCGGCAGGAGCGCAUCGUCUUCGGUUUGACGACGACAUCAAUGUCCCAACGGCAAUGAUAUUGAAGGAAUUCUCACAAGCAGUAGAUUGGCUAGGCUGGGUGCAGAAGCUCCAGGUACCAGACAUUGAAGCCAAAGUCUUUCUCUAUCUAUCUGACAAUCUAGAUCGGCUAAGGGAAGACUUGACUGAUGUAUGCAAGAAAUGGGAUUCGAAGCUAAGCGAAACACCAGCUAUUAUAUGGAGUGAUGUUCUUGCAUUUACAUCAAGCAAGUAUCUCCCAGCAGCCCAGUCUACAUACCAAGUCCCAAUUGACUCAGGAACGCCAAGUCUCCCUACCGGGGCGUGUAAACGCCUUUGCCAUAUAUCGGCGACCUCUUCUGAUGGGUCUGUGCUUGGUAUUCUUAGCAUCUGGCCAUCACGCAAGUUUGAAAAGUUCUGGGAAACGAUCCAACCGAGCACUGCGUAUAUGGAAGUCGAGAAUUACUGUGACAAUUGGCAUGCGGUUUAUGAACUCAGCCGCGUUGGCGAGCCUAUGGAGAAACUUGGCACCAUCUCUAUCCCGUUGAAGGCAACUGAAGUGGCGUUGCAGAUGAGACAGGCAUUCCGACAAGAACAUCUCUCGACGUGGAAGGCCUCUUUCCCGUUCUCUAUUAGCUUCGACGGCUAUUCUAUAUGUGUUCUACGAACUAUUUACCGUGUCACCAUUGAUCCAGUGUUAUCAAGGCUGCGAAUCCGAUCUUGCCGAAUGCCCCUGGAGGAGAUUACAAGGAUCCAGCACUUCUGGGACGAUAGGCUCAAGAGACAUGAUCCCAGUUAUUCACUCAGUAUCGGGUUGCCUCCAACAUUGCAACUGCUGCAACGAAAGCUUUACACGUAUCGAGCUAUAUUCGACAUACACAGUCGCUACGUUUUCUUCCAAGAUGCAAAAAAGUUCGAAGCUCCGUUACUAGCUGUCUUUGAGGUGAACGACACGCCGAGUGGGGAGCUUCAUGUUCGAGUUGUCGCCGUUGCACCAGAUGAGAUUAUGGGGCCCUGGCUGGGCUGUACUGGAAUACCUUUAUCGACGGCAAGGUUCCAUCCCAAGUCAAGCCUCGUCGUGUCUGCUGUAAGGGGUCGUGUUAUGGCAUGGGACUUUUCAACAAACACUAUGAGUCACCUCUCAACAGACGGAGCCGAGGUUACAAGCCUUUCGAUAUCGACGUGUGCCAAUUAUGUAGUCGUUAUGCGAGAGAACUCUGAUAGUCAUGAAGUCUACGACUUGACAAAGCGUAACUUGAAUCUCACCAGCACAGCUGAAAAUAGCCCGGGACCAUCCGGAUCACUUAUGCCCCCUCAUAAGCAGCAAAAGACUCAUAGCUCACACGAAGGUCAUAUGGAAAGGUUGGAUUCAAGAAUGGAGGUUAGACAUGCAAACCUCAUCGGAUCUACCUUUGCACUUGCUGGUGGAGAUGGCAACUCUACCAUCAUUAACGCUGGGCCUCAAAAUAUCGGGUCUCAGUUGAGAAUUGAUGCCGGAAAGAUCAAGUUGACCGCUCCCCAAUGCAUGACAGAUACAGCCGCCAAGACCCUAGAACUUCUAUCGAUCCCGAGCACGAUCUCGACCCAGGACAGUCGCAUAACGCUAUAUCUACCGAAUCAAGACGACAACCACCUCUCGCUUCUAGUGGAUAAAGGGAUAGAAGAUGGGUAUAACAUGAUGGACAAAGUAGGACAAAGUCUGCCCGUCUUGGUCAGGAAGGAUAAGCGGCUGGUCCGUGAAGCUAUCCAAAGUGCUACUGGGCAGAAGGACGAAAGGAUUAGACUAGUGGAAGGGGCGAAGAGAUUGUUCUCAGAGAUAGACCAAUGA